UGGCCUAGGGUAUGUAUAGUUUGGGGGUAUGUAUGGCCUAGGGGUAUGUAUAGUUUGAGGGUAUGUAUGGCCUAGGGUAUGUAUAGUUUGGGGGUAUGUAUGACCUAGGGUAUGUAUGACAGAGGGUAUGUUUGGUCUGGGGUAUGUAUGGCCUUGGUAUACAUUGUACGGAUGGUAGUAUGUAUAACUAUUAGUUUGCAUUGGUGGACGCAAGUGUCAAUGUGAAACCCCCUGUAACGGUGCGAAUGUAUAAAAGUUGAUUAUCACAAGUAGUUAUCAUCUCUUCUAAAAGGGGAAAAGGAACAUAUCACUAAAACACUCUGAAAUAUGACGGAUAGAAAACUCGUACGUUCAGCUAGUAUGGAAACCCCAUAUGAUGAAGACGGGUCUUUGAUGAUCGAUGAAGCGGUACAAACUGUUCAUCCUAAGGAAACGGAAGUUGCUCCAAGACAGGUCGGCGAUUACUGUAAAUUGGACAUAGACAACGAUUGUUUUGUAGUGGCUAAUGAGUUCCAGGGAAGAACACUGAUCCAUAUCAGAUACUACGAUACCAAUGCCAGUGGUAAACUUUAUCCAACAAAAAAAGGAGUUUCUCUCACCCCCCAACACUGGAAAAAACUACAAAUGUUACAUUGUAAAACUGUGGAUGAGGCUAUUAGAAAAUAUAAAGAAGGUGAUGAAAUUGACCUCAGGAUUCAUUUGGGACGAAAUAACCAUGUAUCACUACAGACAGGGUUCCCUAAGGUGAACAUUCGUCGUUGGUUUAUGCCAGACCCCAGUACAAAUGAACUUAAACCAACACGUGCAGGAGUUGCUCUAUCAUUUGAGCAGUGGGAAAAACUGAAAAACUGUAUGUUAACUAUGCCCGAAUAUAUUGGAGACAUUCUGGAUAAUGUUGAAUUUUGCGAUUUAUCUCACCACAACCAGGAAAGCUUUUUUUCCUGUUACGAUUGUUCACCAAACCAAACAGUAUUUUUGUAAUUUUGAUUAUACAUUUAAUGAACAUGUAUUAAUAAUAAUAUUGUAAUAAUUGCGAGAGACCAAUCCUCUGG